AUGCAGAAAGUAAUUGAAUGUGUACCAAAUUUUUCCGAAGGUCAACGAAAAGAGGUUAUUGAUACAAUAGCUCAUGCUAUUGCAGGUGUUGAAGGUGUUGCUUUACUUGAUAUUGAUCCAGGCUUGUCAACAAAUCGAACAAUUUAUACCUUUGUUGGACAUCCACAAGCUGUAAUUGAAGCAGCUCUAGCUGCCGGUCGAGCUGCAUAUAAUUUAAUUGAUAUGACAAAACAUACUGGUGAACAUCCUCGUAUUGGUGCAAUGGAUGUUGUACCAUUUGUACCUGUACAAAAUGCAACAAUGGCUGAUUGUAUUGAUAUAGCACGUGAAUUCGCUGAUCGUUUAGCUAUGGAACUUAGUGUACCUGUUUAUUUGUAUGGUGAAGCACAAGAACGAGAAUAUCGUCGAGAUUUAUCUCAAAUUCGUGAUGGAGAAUAUGAAGCACUCUAUAAUAAAAUCCGAAAACCAGAAUGGCAACCAGAUUUUGGACCUAAUGAGUUCAUUCCUACAUGGGGUGCAACAUGUGUUGGUGCACGAAAAUUUUUAAUUGCAUAUAAUAUUAAUUUACUUGGUACAAAAGAACAAGCUCAUCGUAUUGCAUUAAAUGUUCGUGAGGAAGGACGAAGCAGAGAAGAACCAGGUAAAUUAAAAUGUGUUCGUGGUCUUGGCUGGUGGCUUGAAGAAGCAAAUUUAUCUCAAAUUUCACUUAAUUUAUCAGAUUUUGAAGUAACAAAUAUUCAUACAAGUUAUUUACAAUGUGUAGCCGAAGCUGAAAUGUUAAAUAUAGGUGUAUGUGGUUCACAAAUAGUUGGUCUCGUACCAUUACGUCCAUUAUUAAUGGCUGCUGAAUAUUUUAUUCAAAAAGAAAAUUUAUUUAUUCUUGAUGAAGAUCAAAAACUUCGUUUAGUUAUACAACGUUUAGGUUUAAAUUCUAUAGCAUCAUUUAUACCAAAAGAACGUAUUAUUGAAUAUAUUAUACGUGAUCGUGAAGGACAUGAUGAUACAAUUAAUUCAAUGGAAAUAAAAGAUUUAAUUAAACAUAUAAGCGCACGUACAUUAGUACCAGGUGGUAGUUGUGUUACAUCACUUGUAGCAACACUUGGUACAGCACUUAGUACAAUGUGUGCAUUACUUACAUAUGGAAUGAGAAAAUGGGAACCAUUAGAACAAGAAAUGCGAGUAAUCAUUGCACCAUUACAUGCAGGUACAAAAAUAUUGAUGGAUACAAUGGAAACUGACACAGAACUUCUUAAUGCAUAUAUGACAGUACAAAAAAUGGCAGAAACAAAUGACGAAGAAAAACAUUUGUAA